GCUCCGCGGCGCCUAACGGGCUGGGACACGGCUGGGACGGGACGGGACGGGAGCGCAGCGCUGCCCGGUGCCCCGGAGGAGCGGCCCCGCGCCUGUCCCGUACCUGUCCCGCACCUGUCCCGCAUGAGCGGCUCCCGGAGCGCCGCUGCCGAGCCCUGAGCAGAGCCGAGCUCCCCCCGCCGCCCCGGGGCUGCCGCCGGGCCAUGGCCACGGCGGGGACGGAGCUGCCCGGUGGCAACGCCAGCGCCAACCAGAGCGCCGCCGACCCCACGGUGUCGCGGGACGUGUGGGUGGUGGGCAUGGGCAUCCUGAUGUCGCUGAUCGUGCUGGCCAUCGUCUUCGGCAACGUGCUGGUGAUCACGGCCAUCGCCCGCUUCCAGCGCCUGCAGACCGUCACCAACUACUUCAUCACCUCGCUGGCCUGCGCCGACCUGGUCAUGGGGCUGGCCGUGGUGCCCUUCGGCGCCUGCCACAUCAUUAUGGAGAUGUGGAAGUUCGGGAACUUCUGGUGCGAGUUCUGGACCUCCGUGGACGUGCUGUGCGUCACGGCCAGCAUCGAGACCCUGUGCGUGAUCGCCGUGGACCGGUACUUCGCCAUCACCUCGCCCUUCAAGUACCAGAGCCUGCUGACCAAGGGCAAGGCGCGCGUGGUGAUCCUGGUGGUGUGGGUGGUGUCGGGGCUCACCUCCUUCCUGCCCAUCCAGAUGCACUGGUACCGGGCGGACCACGAGGACGCCAUCCGCUGCUACGAGGACGAGAUGUGCUGCGACUUCUUCACCAACCAAGCCUACGCCAUCGCCUCCUCCAUCAUCUCCUUCUACCUGCCCCUCGUCGUCAUGGUGUUCGUGUACGCCAGGGUCUUCCAGGUGGCCAAGAAGCAGCUGCAGAAGAUAGACAGGAGCGAGGGGAGGUUUCACACGCAGAACAAGGAGCAGGAGCAGAAAGGGGGAGCCGGGCACCGCCGCUCCUCCAAGUUCUUCUUGAAGGAGCACAAAGCCCUCAAAACGCUGGGCAUCAUCAUGGGCACCUUCACGCUGUGCUGGCUGCCCUUCUUCAUCGUCAACAUCGUGCACGUCAUCCAGGACAACAUCAUUCCCAAGUACGUGUACAUCCUCCUGAACUGGCUGGGCUACGUCAACUCUGCCUUCAACCCCCUGAUCUACUGCCGGAGCCCCGACUUCAGGUUCGCCUUCCAGGAGCUGCUGUGCCUGCGCAGGUCCGCGCUGAAGAUGUACGCCAAUGGCUACUCCAACAGCAACGGCAGGAGCGACUACAACGAGGAGGAGAACGGCUACCCCCUGGCCCCGGAUAAAAGCUGCGAGCUGCUCUGCGAGGAGGGCUCCUUCCCUCGCCCCGAGGACUUUUUGCACGGCAAAGCUGUUCCCAUCCUGGCUGCUCUCUGGAUGAUCCUCUGCCUGGAAAAAAAAGAAGUUCUUCAAACCCAUCGUUUCAUGGGAACAUCAUUUCUUAGCAGAGGAGAUGAAAAUCCAAAUUUGGGGGUUAGGAAUGGAGCUGCACCAGUGCAGGAGCUGGGGAUCUUCACUCAGGUUUGAGUGAUUCUUCAGGUGGGGGUUAAGGGCACAGAGCACUUGGAUCUUCUGAGAAGUUUGACACCACAGCCAGCACGUGGAUUUGUGGAGUUAAUUUGGCUCGUGGGGAAGCUGGACAUGUGCUCAGAACUGGGAAUUUGUGUCAGAACUAACUGGGAAUUUGUGUCCCAGUUUGGUUUGUGCCACUGGCUGCUGGCUCAAGAGCCCAGGCUUGGCACAGUAAACUGGAAGGGAUGAGAUGGAAUUUUUCCUUUCCUAGGUAAAGUGAUCAUAAACCAGACUAAAUCUGGGUCUGGGACACUCUGGGCUGUGUUUUAUGUCACACCUUGGCUUCUAUCAGGUUUUCACAGUUUUUUCUUUCCCCUUGAGCUGUGCAGAAGCACCUGAUGGUUCCUCUCCUGUUGCUGUGCCCCGGGAUUCCUCUCACACCUUGCACUGGGAGCAGAUGCUGUUUAAAUGUUCUGGGAGGAACUGUUGGCAAAUGGGGGAUGACAGGUUGCAGAAACAGGAGAGAAUAGCAGGAGUUUCCAAGGAGAGCAGGAAAGGAGAGGGGGGAGAGGCUGGGCUGGGCUGUGGGAGCCCUGCUGAGUGCAGAGCGUGCAGGGCAAGGCUGGCAGAGUCCCUGGUGCCUGGAGGGCUGGGGCAGGAAAUUCUGUCUUGCUCUGCCCUCAUUCCACCCCAAAUCCUUGGAUUGCUGGGGAGGAGCUGCUCAGCUGCCUUGCAGAGACACAGAGAUUCCCACGGGGUACAGGUUCAAAUGGAGCAGAGAAAAUGUAAAAUUUAUGGAAUCACAGAGUCCCACAACGGUCUGGGCUGGAAGGGACCUUAAAAAUCAUCUCAUUCCACCCCUGCCAGGGGCAGGGACACCUUCCACUGUCCCAGGCUGCUCCAAACCCCAUCCAACCUGGCCUGGGACACUUCCAGGGGUCCAGGGGCACCCUGUGCCAGGGCAUCACCACCCUCACAGGGAAUAAUUCCUUCCCAAUAUCCCAUCUAACUACUCCCUUCAAGCCAUUCCCUGUGUGCUGUCUCUGCUGUUCCUGCUGAUUUGCAAAACCACUUAGUGCAAAGCACUAAAACAACCCACAGGGAAUAUUUUUUUUCCUCCUCACCCUCUCCUUGACCCCUUGGGAAAUGUCCCACGGGAGCCAUGCAGUGACUCUGUGUGCAGAAAUCCAUCCCCAUUGACUGGAAAGGGAAUUUUGAUUUUUUGAUCAGCUCUUCACCCUGUGGAAGGACUCUCCUUGAUUUAUUUAGGACUAAUGACCAAAAACAUCCUCAUCAGGCUUCCACCUCUCCCAGGACUGUCCUGAACCAAAAGAAGGGAAUGCAGAGGAGUGGAUUCCAGCUGGGGAGUUGCUGACAAGGCUGAGCUUUGUGGGGUUUGUGAUCUGUGGCCGAUCCAUCCUGCUGAACCCACGAUCCCCACAGGUCAGCAGGCAGCAGAGCCUGCAGGUUUCCUCAGCCAGCUCCUGUUUUGAAGAUUAAGCUUUGCCUUGUGAACCUUGAGGAGUGCAGCUCCCAGGGCAGAGGAGAUGUUGGGAGGGGUCAGGAGGGCUGUGCUCUGGUGUCACUGGGAGCAGCCAGCAGCGUUCCAGGACAACAUCUGAUUUUGUGCUUUUACGAGGCAGAUGUUUGGGAGAAGGGCUGUGCUGUUUAUCCCAGCUGCCAUCCCCAGCCCUCCUCCCUCACACUCCCAGCCCAUAAAUAAAGAUUCCUGGGAUCAUGCCUCUGUUUGGGCAGCCCUGUCUUCCAUCAAGCUGCACACCCUGCACCUCAGUUUUACAGGGGAAUAAAUCAGGGAGGGCUAAAUCCUGUCCUGGGAUAAAUCCAGGAUGAUGUGGGGGAAUUGCCAGGGGGAUUUGGUUCCUUGGUUUGCUGGUUUACUCCAGAGGAGUUUGGGCUCAGGGACUGAGCAGCAAGGCAGGCUUUGCUCUGGGGUGCAGAGCAGUAAUGUGGGUUUUGCUGGAAUUCUCAUGGAAAGGAGUUGUAGCUUCAGCACAGUUUGAGACCUCCAGGUCAUUAAUGACAAAAAUUCUAAAUCCUGUGUAAAGUGAUUAUUCCCACUGCCUAACACUAUUCCCCAGGGAUGAAUCCCAGCCUUUGGCUUGUGUUGGGAUGAUGAUGAUGAUGGAGAGCAGGGCCCAGGCAGGUUUCCAUGGAGGGACUGCAGAUCCCAGCUGCUCCCAGCACCUGCAGGAACCCCUGGAAGAGGUGCCAGGGGUGGGAAUGCUGCUUUGGCUGCACUUCUCUCCUCCAGGAGGACCCAAAAAGUUGUUGAAGGCAACAAUCAGGGUAUUAAUCCUUACUCACUUGUUUCUCUAGGUUUUCCCACUUUUUUUUAAAAGGAUUGGAAAUGAAAGAAUGUCACAGAGGUGCUGGCCCCUCUCUGCUGUGGCUCCAGGCUGUGGGUUUAAGCAGUUUGUGGCUAUUCCCUCUUGAGUAUUAAUAUUAAUAAUUAUGGAUAUGAAGUGGAUAUUUCCUCUUGAAGCUGUAGGGCUUCCCAAACAGCUCUGAAGAGACUUUGCAAAGGAGUGCCUGGAAUUCUGCUGGCUGCUUUUAGGGAAGCUGGAGAGCCCACAGGUCACCUCAGGGUGUGCCAGCCUCGCCCCAUAAAUACCACUGGACACACAGGGGGAUUUACACCCCUCUGCUGGAGGCACCUCAUUGUUCAAAAGUGACUUUUUUCAUGGCUCAGAGUGGCUUGGGUUGCCCAGGAUGAGCUGCAGGAUAAAAAAAGGACAGAGGAGCUUCACUCUGAGUCUCCAGAUUUGUUCUGGAAAAACUCCAGGGUGCUCAGCAUCCCACAGAGCACAAAGCCACAGCUGCCAUCACCCAGCCCAUCGUUCUGGGUGGAUUGUCCACCCUGGAAAAACUCCUGGAAACUGCUGGGAUUGCAGAGCUGGGAUUGUUUCACACAGGGAUGUUCUGAAGGGCUCAUCACCUGCAAGAUUUCCCAUUUUCCUCAGGAAUUGUAGGGACAGGACAAGGGGGAAUGGCUUCAAAUGGAGAGACAGGAGGUUGAGGUGAUAUUGGGAAGAAAUUCUUCCCUGGGAGGGAAAAGGGAGGAGGGAAGGAGGGACAAACACGCUUUGCAGGGCAGAUGGAGUGCAAAUAACCUUUAUAAAGAGAUGCUGGCAAGGGACAGUGGUUCAAAUCGUCCCUGUCACAUUGGAACUUCAUCCUUGAUUUGCACAGGGAAUACAACUCCAGUUUGGAUACCCAGAAUUCUCCUGAGAGAGGCAUUGUGUUCCCAAAGAACAGAUAUGGGUUUUUUUUUUUUUCUCUCUGCAGAUCCAUUUUGGCUGUAAAUCUGUUUUCUUCUCCCACACGCACAGAUGAUAAUCUUUUACAUGUCCUUAUUAAAAAGUAUCACUUCCAGAAAACAAAAACUGGCAUAUUCUGUGCUUGUUCCCUUCUCUAUCUCUGAAUUAAUUUCCCAUUUUUUCAUCUGACUUGUCAUUCAUUUGAUAUCUCCACAAUCAAGGAAAGAGGUUUAAUCUCUCUCCUGGCUUUGGCAUCCACAUCACUCCUCUAUCCCAACCUCUCUGUGCUAAAUUAAUG